UUCAGAUUCGUUGAAACCCGCCGGGAAGCCAAGAGGAAGACCGGUUUCCUGUGCUGCAGAAGCUCGGGUAGCAAAUGGGUAGCAUGUAGCUGUAGCAGGAGGUAGAAAGUUCUGACUUUAUCUCUGGGCUGUAAAAACAAAAUAGAUAACGUUCGGUUUCCUGACUUCACCGUGAGUAUUUAUGAGUCCGCUUCAGGUCGUUGGAGAGCGCGAGGGUUUUUGUCUCGUGGUCGUGAAGCAGGCAGCACCUGAACUUGAUGAGCAGCAAGUGACUGUUCUGAAUCUGACCUUUAUCGGGGGCUCUUCACGAGAUGUUGACGGUGAUAAAGAUGAUCAUGAGGAUGAUGAUGAUAUGAGGGCAUGGAGACCUGGACCCCCAACCCGCGAGCCAAACCGUUCAUCCCACGUCAGCAGAGGAGCUGGUAUCUAACCUGGAAGUACCAACUGACCAACAAGAGGACGAUCCGGCGGUUCUGCCAGGCCGGCGCCGUGCUGUUUCUCCUCAUCACCGUCAUUGUCAACAUUAAGCUCAUCCUGGACACCAGAAGAGUUGCGAAUGAAGAUGCAGCAGCACAGGAGUACGAAGACGUUAUCCCCAACAUGGAGACCCCACAGAGGCCAGCCAACAGACGCAAAGUCCUGGACAUCGAAGUCUAUUCCAGCCGCUCCAAGGUCUACGUGGCUGUCGACGGCACAACUGUGCUGGAGGACGACAUGCGAGAGCAAAGCCGAGGCAUCCAUGUGAUAGUCCUCAACCAGGCGACUGGUCAUGUUAUGGCCAAGAGAAUUUUUGACACCUACUCCCCACAUGAGGACGAAGCCAUGAUCCUCUUCCUCAACAUGGUGACUCGAGGAAGAAUCCUUAUUUUCACCAUAAAGGACGAGGGAACUUUCCACCUGAAGAACGCAGCGAAGAACCUGCUGAAAGGUCUGGGCAGCCAGGCGUCCCUCAGCCUCAACUGGAGAGACAUGUGGACUCUGGUGACCAAGAAAGGAGGUCAGGUCUACGGAGAGAAGCAUUCCAAGUCUCCGGCUCUGUCCACCUGGGGGGACCCGGUGCUGCUGAAAACAGAGGUGCAGCUGACGGCCUCAGAAGAAGCGGAAUGCCUCUGGGCUGACACGGAGCUCAACAGGAGAAGGAAACUCUUCUGCAGCAAGGUGGAGGGAUACGGCAGCAUCUGCAGCUGCAAAGACCCCGCCCCCAUUGAGUUCAACCCCGACCCUCUUCCAAACAACAAUGUCUACAAUGUCCCAGUGGCUGUUAUCGCAGGGAACAGACCCAACUACUUGUACAGGAUGCUGAGGUCGCUUCUUUCAGCUAACGGCGUCAACCCCCACAUGAUCACCGUCUUCAUUGACGGAUACUAUGAGGAACCGAUGGAUGUGGUGGAGCUGUUUGGACUGAAGGGAGUUCAGCACACACCAAUCAGCAUCAAGAAUGCCCGGGUGUCCCAGCACUACAAGGCGAGUCUGACCGCAACUUUUAACCUCCAUCCGGAAGCCAACUUUGCUGUUGUACUGGAAGAAGACCUGGAUGUCUCCAUCGACUUCUUCAGUUUCCUGAGUCAGACCAUCCACCUCCUGGAUGAAGACGACAGUCUGUACUGCAUCUCUGCCUGGAAUGAUCAGGGGUACGAGCACACAGCAGAGGACCCAUCCCUGCUCUACAGGGUGGAGAGCAUGCCGGGUCUGGGCUGGGUUCUCAAGAGGAGCAUCUAUAAAGAUGAGCUGGAACCAAAAUGGCCGACACCUGAGAAGCUAUGGGACUGGGACAUGUGGAUGAGGAUGCCGGAGCAGAGGAGAGGCAGGGAGUGCAUCAUCCCCGACGUGUCGCGCUCGUACCACUUCGGCAUCAUCGGCCUCAACAUGAACGGCUAUUUCCACGAGGUUUACUUUAAGAAGCACAAGUUCAACACAGUUCCCAAUGUGCAGCUGAAGAACGUGGACAGUUUAAAGAAAGACGCCUAUGAAGUGGAAAUUCAGAAGCUGCUGAAAGAGGCAGAGGUGCUGGACCACUCCAAAAACCCCUGUGAGGACUCAUUCGUGCCAGACACUGAGGGGAAGACUUACGUCAUGUUUGUGAAGAUGGACUCCGAGGCGGACACGACCACGUGGACCGAACUCGCCAAGUGCCUGCAUGUUUGGGACCUGGAUGUUCGAGGAUAUCAUAACGGCCUCUGGAGGCUCUUUAGGAAGAGAAAUCACAUCUUGGUCGUGGCUGUGCCCAUCUCCCCUUACUCUGUGAGGAAGCCGGCUGCCGUCACUCCAAUUCACAUAGAACCUGCUCCCAAAGAAGAAGGAGCGCCGGUGGAGCCACUGUAGAAUCGAUGGUAUAUUUCCGCCUUAACGUCCCCUACUGGUCGUCCUGGAGCCUCAGACACUAAACAAAAAAAAAUUCUUGACAUUUUUUAUUCAAUAAUUUGGAGUUGGCUAAACUCCUAGUUGCACAUCUAUGUCCAUCCUGCAGAAUUUGAGCGCUCGAGUGUCAGCCGCUGCUUUUCUGUCUCCACGACAACCGUUUUUUUCAGCUGACACAAGAAAAAGCACCAAAAUUCUGAAGUCAUCUUCUCUGCUUAUUAACUACUGAACACAUUACCCAACAAACCCUUUCUUUUAACUUAUCUCUAUUUAUUUUCCAUCAGUUUUGAGUUUUGUUUUUUAAGGAAAAAAGGUAAAAAAUAAUUUAUCAAUGCCUGAAUAUUUCAAGAGCCUAAGAUGAUGUAUAUACAUGCAGAUACAUAUAUAUAUUUUCUAAAAACAACAAAUAUGGUCCAUGAAUUUUUUACUGCUGGAUUACAGCCUGCAUGAGGGAGCCUCAUGGGUUUUUUCUGCUUCUGAAAUGAAAUCUUUCACACCCAAACAUGGACAAAAUUCCCAUUUUUAGCAAAAUGAAACGCCUCAUUACACAUUCAUUUAGAAUAAAGAACAGAAACUUUGACAUGGACCGACACAUUUUACCAACUUGGAUUUUUCCAAACUAAGAAUUGAUUAUUAUUAUUAUUGUGGAUCUAAGCUAAAACAUUUCAAUAAGUAAAGAAGAAAAACUGUACAAACAUCUGCAAAAAGAAUCGACUGUUCCUUAUAUUUUUGUAUUCUAUUACUUUUAAACUGAAAAAUGUGAGUUGAACAAAAGACUGAAAAUGUGUUUUUUUUUCAUUGCUUGUUUUAGCACUAAAAUAAUUUUUGCUCCCCUUAAAAAAACCUUUUAUCAAAUAGAUCAUUUAGUUUUUGUUACAUCAAAUCUUCAAAGAAUUUCUACAAAUCCUGGAAUUCCUUUUUUAAAACUGCCUUGAGUGACUCUGUUCAAAAUUGACAGUCCUUAUUUUUUAUUAAAAAAGUUUUUGGUAGUUUUUAGUACAAUUACUUUUUUUAUUUUUAAACUAGCUCUCCAAAACGCAAAUGGCAAUGAUUUGCACAUUUUAAACUGACAUUUUUAUUGUUGUUUUUCUUAUCAUAUUUUAUUUUGAAAGGACUGAACUGAAGUGAGUGUUUUAUUUUAGCAAUACAGUCUCUCUAACCCUGCCAGGUGACUUUCAGUCAACCUGUAUGAUCAACUGGAGUAACUGUAUAUUUUCUUCCCUCAUAAUAAUAAAAAAUGUUUUGUUUUAUUUUUAAA